AUGGCGCAGCAGAACGAGCUGCCUUUCAGCGAGAACGACUCGCAGGACAUGGUGAUCUACCAGAUGAUGAGCGAAGCCUCCAGCCGCAGUUCGCACCCGAACUCGCUCCACCAUCUCCAGCCUGUCAUCUCCAAGCGCCACUACAGAGGCGUCAGGCGCCGGCCGUGGGGCAAAUACGCCGCCGAGAUCCGCGACUCGGCCCGCCACGGCGCCAGGGUGUGGCUCGGCACGUUCGAGACCGCCGAGGAGGCCGCGCUGGCUUACGAUCGGGCCGCCUUCCGGAUGCGGGGUGCGAAAGCCGUGCUCAAUUUCCGGCCGGAGCUGGCUGCUGCGGCGGCGGAGCCGAUGCAGAGGACGAUGAAUCACCCCGGGAAGAAAUCCGGAGCCGCUGCGGCGGCGGCUGUGGGUAAUGAUGGUGGGAACAGUAAGGAUGUGAAGCCCGAAUUGAGUUGCGACAAUGUGUCGAUGGGCGCGGCGCAAUUGGAGUCGUCGAGCGGCGAAGGAGGCGGAACAGGGGAGGCUCGAGACAGGGGAGGAGCAGAGGGUUAUUUGAAGAGCUUGCUUAGAGCUUGUUGA